UUCCUGUGCGCUCCCUCUGCCCAUCUCAAUGGCCGACCGCACGGCUUCCAUGGCGCACGCUCAGCUCCAGCUCGGCCUCCUUCCCCUAAUCUCUCAUCACCGCGCGCCCUCUGCUCCUCCCUACUGGCCAGCGCCCAGCGCUGCGCCUAGCUCCCUCCUCUCAAGCUCCCAUGCCGCGCGCUGUGCUUCUUGCUCGCCAUGGCCUCGCCAAAACCCCAGCCGAUCUCCUGUUUCUCUCUCCCGCGGUCCCUGACUUCCCAUCGCCGGAGCUCCCUGUCUCGUCUUUGGUACUCGCCUGGCCGCGCCCUUGCUUCCCAGUCCCAGCUCGGAGCUCCUAGCGCCGGCUCGGAGCUCCUAGCGCCGCGGCUUCCUCCUUCAGCUCGGCGCUCAUCUCCCUCUCUGCUCGGACCGCGCCCAGCCCCAGCGCCCUCGUCCUCUUUUCUGCGCGCGCCCGGCCGGAGCUCUGCUCUCUCUCGUGGCACCCAGAAUUUCCCCCGCACGGAUCUCUCUCACAGCCGCGCCCGCUGCUUGCUCCCCAUGGCGCUCGGUCUCUACCGCGCGCCCAGCUCCUGUGCACCGCAGUUCGCCCCAGCUCGGCGUCUGCUUCUCUGCUCCCUAUUCUGCGCGUCGGUCGCUUCGCUUCUGCGCGUAGCUCCCUGGCCGUCGCGCCCAUGCCGGCCAGAGCUCGCUCGGUCGCGGUCUCGUCCCGGCUCCCUGCUGCGCUCGCCCAGAUCGCCGCUGUCGAGUUCCAUCGCCGAGUGUAGCUCCUGUUGCUGCGUCCUCGUCGCGUUCGUGAAACUGCCGUGGAAUUGCAUUCGUUUUUCAUGUGGGUAGCAUGCCAUCGUCUUCGUGUUUUUGCAAGUCCCGGCGUGCGCUCGCUCGCCAUCCUCUGCUCGACCUCGUCGAUGAGCUUCGCCUUGCCGUUGUUCGCCAUCCUCUGCUCGGAUGAAGUCUGAUCGGUGUUGAGAGUUGGUCAUGUGGUGGUGUGCGUGAAGCUCGUAAUGUACCUGCCAAGCGCUCGACAAAUUGUCUAGACCGGAAAAUCAUUACCGAUCUCGCGGAUUCGAGUCAGAUAUUGGAACGGUGAGCUGCUUUGCUAUUUUUAUUGACUAGUUCAAUAAAUGAAUUGAUAGGUAUGUAUGUCGCGACGAGUAUUCCGCUUGUAGCUCAGGCACGUAUUUAUUUGACGCUUGUAGGAAUACGGGGCUACCUGCAGC